AUGACAAGCUACGUCCUCAGCACCAGAUGGGCGCCGUUAUCCAAGUAUCCGGUGACCAAAAUUCUCCACAAAUCCCUACAAGGGAAGCUGCCGCGACGCAAUGCGACGCAAUCAAACAUAGUUGAUGAACAACUUUGUUCUAAUAUCCUCGAUCUACUGUCGCCGUACCUUUCUAGAAAUGCUCCAGUCGACGUACUGGAUUUAUGGCCCAAUGCUGGCGUUUUUUCAUCCAAAGUGAACAAUUUCCUCCGACCGCGACGUCAUGUUCUCAUUGAACCCUUUCUCGAUCUAUACAAACCGUGUCUUGAGCCGCUUGCGAAGAGCAAGCCAUGUUACGAGCUUCUGUCCACGGACAUAUACACUAUGAAGGAUUGGGAUCAAAUAUUCAAGAAACACCUGCCCGAGCAGACAAUACCCAGGACACAGGAGGCCGCGGUCUUACCGAAAAAUGAUUCGUUACUGGUAUUGGCCAGUCCACCCUGCCAAAGUCUCAAGUCGGAUCACUUCACGCCGCAACGAUGGUGGUGUGCCAUGAUGGAGGAUUGUAUGAAACAGAAAAAUAUUCAUCAAUAUGGUAGCGUGCGGAUGAUAGUCACCCUGCCCCCCGAUGAGGUGGAAGCCAUUCUCCCCCGGAGCAUAGGCGAGCGUCGACGUGCGGCUGUUUUGACUGAGAACGUAGCCUUGCACGCGAUGGAGGUUGCCAGCCUUUAUCAAGAAGAGCCGUCAUGGGUGACUAUAAAACCAUUAGACUAUACGAAGUUCGGUAUGGAACGCGUUGCUGAAAAAGUCGCGGAGCAGAGUAUCGCCAUCCCUCCCUAUCGCGAACGGCCCCCACUGGAAUAUGCUCCCGAGUGCACGUAUACGGGGAAACGAAGUAUUCCGCACAGCCCGCGACUUCGCACGAACCGGCAUCAGGAAGUGAGCAGCAUCAUUAAGGAAGAGGAGGCCUCGAGGGUUGGCAAGCAGCGCGCCAGCAAAGCCCUUCAGGACGCCACCAAGUAUCUUCAUAAAGAGAACCAAAUUGCACAUGUCCGGGACGAUAUCGCUCGUAAGAAGAUCGAUAUUGAGGAGACAAUGGGCGACCUAUGCUACGCAGCUGCGGAUGUGACUAAGAGCGCCAAGGAGCUCGAGGAGCUUGAUCAGAACAUUGCACAGCAGGAGGCUGCAUGGCAAGAAUUGUUCUCUCAGACUCACUACCGUUUAUACAAAUCAUGGGAUCGCAUUGUCGAUGAUUACCGCAUGCUGAACCAUUUGAAGAAGUAUGACAAAUCCACUCUGUUAUAUGAUCAACGGCCCUUUGAGCCUCUGAGGGUGUAUAUAGAAGAGAUAUACCCCCGCGACCCUCGAUCCGUGAUAUAUUUCGAACCGGAUUCCAAUGCUCCGGCUCUCCAGCGACUGCAAAAUUUGUCUCCCGAAAGGGUAAGCAAACUGCAGGAGUUCUCUGAAGCCCUGACACUGGUAUUUGGAAACCGCAAUCGCCUCACUCUGGAUGAGCUUUUCCAGCAGAUGUUUCCUACCCGCAGCACCAACGAUCUCGUCAAAGCCAUCCCGGGGUUGGCUGGGAUAGCUCGAAAACGGCUUAAGCCCGGCUCAGGCCCUAUUGCGCUGGCGGAUACGUCGUCAGAUCCACCCCUGUGCUUUCAAGAUAACAUCGAUUACGACCUGAGUGAGACUCGGAUCCGGAGUAUCCCCACCCCGGUCAUCUGGGACAUUCUGCUCGAGUACGAGAAGACUGCGACAGACUUCUCGAUCGUCCAAUUUACCCGCCAGUUGGGAGGGACAUUGACCUCCUUCCGAGCCGGAUAUUCGGUGGCCAGCGAUAAUUCGAAACGAUUACGCUAG